AUGAAUCGAUUGUUCUCCAUUGCACCUCUUUGGUUCUUCAUCUGCCAUCUCUGUUCAGCUACACUGUUCAACGCAGCUGACAAUUAUGCAAUCAAUUGCGGCGGCUCCUCCGCCAGUUCAGCCGCAACUGAUGGCCGGAAAUGGAUCGGCGAUGUUCGUUCUAGACACUCUACUUUCUCAAUUGAAUCUAAAGGCAAACUGAUGAUCAGCAAAUCAGGCGUUGAUUCACUUUCCUCCUUCGAUCCAAUCCCCUACGCCACCGCUCAGGUUUCUCGUUCGGACUUCACCUACACAUUUAAAGUCAAUCCAGGUCCAAAAUUCAUCCGUCUUCACUUCCGUCCAUCUUCUUAUGCAAGCUUCAAGAGAUCCACGUCGAUGUUCACAGUGAAAGCAGGCAAUUACACUCUCCUCAACAACUUCAGCCCUUCCAUAACCGCCGAUGCUUUAAACCUCAAGGCUUUUACCAAAGAGUUCUGCAUCAACGUCAGGGAAAAUCAACCUCUGAAAAUCACCUUUUCUCCAUUCACCACGGAUAAUGCGUUUGCUUUUAUCAACGGCAUUGAAGUUGUCUCCAUGCCUGCAAAUCUGUACUACUCCAAUCGUCUUCCUAUUGACGAAACCAUCGCUCUAGAGACAACUCACAGGCUCAACAUUGGCGGCAAAUCCAUUCCUGCUGCAGAAGACACAGGUAUGUUUAGGGAAUGGUUGAAUGAUUCUAGUUAUCUGAACAUUGACGGCAAAUCUAGCGUUUCAGCUGUAGCAACUACACUUCGUAUUAGAUAUCGAAAAGUUCCUUCCUAUAUCGCUCCACAGAAAAUCUAUCAAACAUCUUGGUCAACAGAUUCGUAUCUUCAAGUUGAGAAGAAGUAUAGUUUUACAUGGAAAUUAGCCGUUGAUACUGGUUUCAGAUACCUAGUGAGACUCCAUUUCUGCGAGCUCGAUUACGAAAUGAAAGAAAUCGGUCAGAAGGGAUUUAGUAUUUCCAUAGACAACCAAACGGUGGAGGAAGAAGGUGAUCUGAUCAAGUGGGGAGGUGAAAUUGGAUUCGCGUUUUACCGCGAUUACAUGUUUGUGAUCGACGGUGACAUAAUGGAGGGCAAACGCGACGUUUUCAUAUCAAUCCAUCCGCAUCUAAAUAACGAUCUGGUAAUGGUAGAUGCCAUUCUGAAAGGUAUGGAAGUUUUGAAAUUGAGCAAUCCGGAUAACAAUCUUGCUGGUGUGAAUCCAAACGCGCCUCCAACUUACGAUUCAAAAUCGUUUGGUUUUCAAGAGUUCAUACUCAUAUCCUUAGUUGUAAUUCUAUUCGCGGUUAGCUAUGCUUAUCUACAACGGAAUAAAGUAGAAAUCGGAAGCAGGAACAUCGUCGUCGGCGAUGGCAUCGAUAAUCCCUGCCGCAAUUUCUCACUUGAAGAGAUUAAAAUCGCAACCGAAAAGUUCAGCGCAGAGAAGAUCAUUCGCAGCGAUAAAUUCGGAACGGUAUAUGAAGGAAACAUCGAUAACGGGACUCCAGUUGAGGUAAGGCGGCUGAUAUACAUACAAGAGGCAGAGGAAUUCGAGACUGUGAUCAAAAUCUUACCGAAUAUGAAGCACGAGCAUCUCAUCGGUCUGAUCGGUUAUUGCCGCAACAAAAAAGAGAUCAUCCUUGUGUUCGAGCACAUGGCGAAAGGUACGUUUGCGGAUCAUAUAUUCAGAUCGGAUUCUUGUUUAUCUUGGGAGGAUAGGCUUAAGGUUUGUCAUUCCGCUGCUAUCGGAAUCGAUUACCUUCAUAAUGAAGAUACGAUACAUCGAGAUGUUAGGAGCACGAGCAUUCUCUUGAACGAGAAAUUCGCACCGAAAAUCUCCGAUUUCCGAUUGUGCAGAAAGAAAACGUCCAAGGACGUAGCGUCCACUCACGUCAGCACAGUCGUGAAAGGAACAACUGGUUAUCUUGAUCCCGACUAUUUCUUCACUGAAAGGCUGAGCGAAAAAUCGGAUGUUUAUUCGUUCGGAGUUGUAAUGUGGGAAGCACUUAGCGGGAGACCUGCUUUAGAAGAGGGGACUAAAAGCACAAAAAUCACAAAAAAUCUAGCCCUAUGGGCUCAACAAUGUUACAAAGAAGGUAAGAUUGAUCAAAUUAUCGAUCCAGCAAUCAAACCAAGUAUAUCUUCUCCUUCCCUGGAUGUUUUCACAGCUUUAGCUAACAAGUGUGUACACAAUGAUCCUACCAAGCGUCUUUCAAUGGCCGAUGUCGCAGUCUUUCUCAAAACAGCUUUGGACUUUCAAAGACGGCGGGAUUCCGUUGACAAAAAAGAGGUCGAUAAGGUAAUCAAUUCCAUUGGUAUAGACACUGAACAAUCUGUUCUUACCGAGAAACAGAAAGAUGCUUUAAAGGACACGGUUCUGAAUUCUGGGGGAGUUGGGCCUUACUCUCUUGACGAACUGUUUAAGAAUCUAGAAGUCUGCAAGAGAUUUGCGGAUCACUUGGAAGAAACACCAUUAAUGAAAGUCAGAACGAGAGUGAAGGAAACCCUCGAGAAGUUUGUGGAGGAUAUCAAAUUAGCCAAGAAGAAUAAGGAUACGGUCCGUGAUGAGAUCCACUCACUCACUUUGGAUGUUAUGGAUUUUAUGGAGAAGCUAUCGUGUUACAUUGGGACCAUCAAUUCUCUCCCGAACCAUGACACUACUGAUUUCAGAUUUGAUCAGUAUUUCACUUCACUUAUUUCGGUUCUGAAGAGUAAACUGGAGGAAACAGCUCAGUCUUACAAGCAAUCACGCAGACAGAAAUUUCUCAAUACAAAUAUAGAUUAUAUCCUUAGAAAGGUGAGUGAGGGAGUUUCAUUUGAUGGUGUGAUGAAGGUUCAAAAUGUCCGGUUCAUCUUCGGUAAGGAAGAACCUCAUUCGAACAGUAUCCGUACGGGAAUAUGGUCAUGA